AUAUUUUAUUUUUAUAAGUUUAUAACAUUUCUAUGACCAGCCACAUGUUGGACAUAGAUAUCUUAAAUGACGUCAUAUUUCCCAUGCAUGUUUAGUUCUCGACAGCUUGUGUGUUUAGAUCAGUAGAUAUCAUGGCUGGACCUCCAGUAAGAUGGAUGCCGCUGGAAUCAAACCCAGAGGUUAUGAAUAAAUAUAUUUCGUUACUUGGCGUUCCAACCUCAUGGCAAUUUACCGACGUGUUUGGUUUGGAUCCGGAGUUACUAUGUAUGAUUCCCCAGCCAUGUUGCGCCCUCAUACUACUUUUCCCGAUCACUCAAGAUUAUUAUGAAGCAUUCAAAGACGAACCAAAGCAAGAAGUUAGUGAGAAACUUUUCUUUAUGAAGCAAACCAUAAGAAACGCAUGCGGUACCAUUGGUGUGAUACACGCGGUAGCAAACGCACGCGAGAAGAUUGGGAUCGAUGAAACUUCGGUGAUUGGGAAGUUUUUGGCGGAUUGUGGGAAAUUGGAUUCCAGUGAUAAAGGAAAACGACUGGAAACCGACGUUUCGAUUCAAAAUCUUCAUAAACAAUGUGCAAGCGAAGGUCAAACCGCUGCGUUGGCCGCGGAAUCUAAAGUGGAUUUGCAUUUUGUUGCUUUGGUUCAGGUUGAUGGUUGUUUGUAUGAGUUUGAUGGAUGUAAACCGACACCUGUCAAUCACGGAAGUUCAUCUGAGGAAACUUUCGUCAUGGAUGCGGCACGUGUUUGUCGGGAAUUUAUGGCAAAGAAUAAAAAUGAACUUCGUUUUACCAUUGUUGCGUUGAGUAAACUCGUAUAAAUAUUAAUAUAUUCCUCUAAUUUGUGUAAAUUAUGUUUUAGGUUUAGUUAAAUAAAGUUGAUAGUUACAA